AUGACAAUGAAAUGUGUAAAUCAUCAAAGAUCAUUUGAAUUCAUUUGUUAUCAAUGUAAUUGUUUGAUGUGUUCAAAAUGUAUCUUCAAACAUAGCAAAGAUCAUCCUGAUCAUUCAAAUAAAAUGGAAGAUAUCGAUGACAUCAGAAAUUCAUUGAGUACAUUAAAAUUAGAUGAUAUUAUUGACACCACAACAAAAACCAAUAAUCAUAUUAAUAAUGAUAUUAGUAGUAAUAGUAAUGAUAGUACUAUUGAUAAUAAUUAUAUCAAAGAUUAUCAACAACAGAGAAUGAUCAAACAACACUUUGAACAAUUACAUCAAUAUCUAAUCAUUGAAGAACAUAAACUACAAAGAGAUAUUAUCAAUGAAAAACAUACAAUCACAAAUCAAAUCGAUAAUAAUAUUAUGAAUUUGAAAUAUUUAAUAAAUAUGAUUAAUAUAUUUAAUAAAUUAAAUAAUAUUAAUAAUAGUGAUGAUAAUAAUGAUAGUGGUAAUGGUAAUAAUAAUAUAACAACAUUAUAUUCAACAACAACAAUAAUGGAAUCAAUAACAACAAGUUCAUCAUUACAAUCAUUCAUCAAUCAUAAUAAUCAAACAUUAUUCCAUGAACAUAAUUAUAAAUAUAAUAAUUAUUUCAAUAUCGAAGAACUUAUCCAACAACAUUCCUCAGAUUCAUCAUCAUUAUUAUUAGAUAUCAUUCAUAAAUACAACUAUCAAUUCAAUGAAUCAACAACAAACAAAGAGUGA